CUGCUGCUGUGCUGGCAACCCAAGAGCUCGUCAGACUGAACGCUGAUUGAACACGGAGAGCAGACACCACAUCCGCCGCCGCCACACCAUCUGUUCCACAGACUCCAACUGUAUUGAGGGGGCAGCGCAUGGCAUCCUGUGCCCGACCGAGGACAGGGGAUCAAACCACUGACCGCCCGACUACUGGACGACUCGCCCUGUGUCCCUCCACCCGACGAGGAAGCAAGUGAGAGAUGGUCUUGCACAGAGCAUAUGGGGCAGGGUGUGCAGGAAAUAAGUCACACAACACAACCUACAGUUGAAAUAGGAAGCAAGUGUGUGCUUGCUUGCAAGUGUGUACUUACUUGCUUCCUCCUUUUCACCUAUACGCUUAUUACCGGAACGCUGCAAUAUCGAGACAGAACUGAGGAUGCAGGACACUCUACUGCGAGUGUUUGUCGUGGCUUUGGGUCUCCUCUUAUGUCCGAGGGAUGACCCCGGGGUGGAGGAGGAAUGGAUUAACAUCAUCACGGUCGACAUGCACAAGCACGAAGAGAGGCUGCUGAAGGAGGAAGUGAAAUUGGACCAGGGUACGUCACCUGUCAGUGAGAAAACCACACACGCCGACAACAAAGGGCUUCAGAAUAUGAUGAAAAGUGUUCCUGUGAGACAAAAUCAGCUCGGUCAACAAAAGUCCACAAGUGAACCUGAGAUUGCUCUAAAGACUUCACAAACUGACCCUUUUCAAGACUCAAUCGGACCUCAAGAGCAACAAGGAAAGCCUGAGGUGGAAAUGUUGAGGUCCGUCCAAACCAAGAUGUCAGAAAAUGACUCUUCAGAGAGAGCCACGGCUGACUGGGGAGAGGAUUACGUCUGGUACGUGUGGAAUAUGUUCUCUGUCAUUUCCUUGAUCCGCUUCUUCAUGAAAUACUUGAAGAGAAUUUCCCCAGGAAAACAAGUGACCUGCAUCGCUAGUGACAUGCCUCUGCCUGAUAGUGACACUCUGCAGAGUUUUCACUGCAAGUGUGUUCAUGCUUCCCCUGAAAACAAGUGGAGGGAGAGGGAAUUUCUAGAAGGGUUCGUAAAUAACAUGGUGGAAGCCAUGAGGACAAUCUGUGAUGGAAAUGGAGGCAUGAUAAUUGAGGACCAUCAGAUGAUCAGUGCACGUGAUAUCAUUGUUCCUUUCAGCCCGGCCGAGCCAUAUAGUUUUCAGUGCGUGCUUCGGGAUAACCAAGCGAGUGACCUGCUGCCAGAUUUGCAAGUCUGUGGUCAAAUAAAACUGGUGGAAAAUCAGAUCAUCCAAAAUGGCUGCCAGUGUCAGUCUUCCCACAAAGAUGAGGAUAUGGUUUGCCUGCUGCAGUGCGAGAACGAGAAAGCACAAACGAAAAUGACUGAAGUGCGCGAUGGCCACCUUUGCUUGAAGAACACACCCUUUCUAUCAAAGUCUCAGGUUACCAGGUGGUUUCAGAGCAUGAUCAAAGAAUCGUGGGCACAAAUCUCACACAAGUACGACUUUGAACUCAGCAUUCGCUACAUUGAUGCUCCGGGUGCUCUGCUUGUUAGAUUCAGAUCAGGGAAGAAGAUUUCCUUCACCAUGAACCCUGCAGUUAAAUUCAACACCCAGUCUCAUUUCUACAUUACACCUUACUCCCCAGACGACUUAGACACUUUCUGGAUGCUCUCCCUCACAGCGUAUGAAGAUCAACUCUUGGAAAGGCUCUCUAAAAGCCUGCCUCAAAACCCCUGCCACAUGCAGACUCUGGAAAUUGCAUGUUUUCUUCACAAGAGACAAACAGCAUUGUCAGGAAGUAGUGUGCUGAAGUCGUUUCACUUCAAAACUGCCCUCAUGCAUCUGCUUCUCACUAGCGAAGCAUCACUGUGGAUACCAGACCGUGUGGCAUGUAGAGUAAGAGACUUGCUGGUCUUUAUGGAGAGAAGCCUCGAGAAAAAGCUCCUGCAACAUGUUUUAAUUGGAAACCCGCUUGCACAGAAGAUUAUACUACUCCCUGAAGAGUUCACACAAGCAAAGCCAGUGAAUCUCUUCCAUCCCCUUGUGGUAGACCGCUGCACUUACAGAAAUGCCAUCAAGCAAUUCCAGGAAAUAGUUAGAAAUGCACACAUGCUGAUACAAGAUUAUGUUGGUGUGCAUUAUCCAAGCAGGGAAAAGCACAGCCCUCAUCUCCAAACACACCUUUGACGUGCCAGAAGUGGAAAGACUGUCCGUGAAAA